AUGAUUGGGGCACAAUAUGCAGCAGCGUCUGCCUUCUUUGGCCCACCAGAAAGAGAGAGACCCAUCUCUCCACCACCAGCUAUUUCACCGACCACAAUGACAAAGAACAAUUUUGUUGCUGGAAAACGAAACGACCAAUCGAAGUCUCCGGAAGAUACCCAUCUGAGAAAAGAAUCACGUGAAAGAAAAUUUAGCCGCUCAGAAUCUCACUGUAGACUGCCUAGCCAAUUAGAAUUUUGUUACAGAAUAUCUAACCAAUCAGAUUUUAGUCGUCGAUAUUCUAGCCAAUCACAAAACAAUAUUGCUGAUAAAAGAAACGCCCCAUCUACGAAGCAACCAAUCAAAUCUAACGUCUCUCGUUCAGUCAAAAACAAUGAGGCAUUUUUUGCAUCUCUGACUAUGCUAUGUUCUCAGAAGAACACGGAAGGUCGAAGAUUCUCAAAAUCUUCAUUAAGUAGAGAAUGUGCUGCGUCCUACGAUAUGGCGAUGAAAGUCAUUUUGCUGGGAGACUGCAGCGUCGGCAAAACGUGUUUCUUGAGGACUUUGUCGAGGGUCAAGGACGAGGAUGUGACCGGAUAUUGUAAAGAGUUCAGGGACGGUGAAAUGGCGGAUAUUGUCUUCCGGAAAGAUGGCCGAAGAACCAUGGUUAGAAUCAUCGAUACCGGAGGUCAAGAGAGAUACCGCAGCCUCACCUCCUCUUACUACAGGGGGAUCCACGGGUGUCUGCUGGUAUUUGACGUCACAAGAGAAGACACAUUCAACAACGUCAUGAACUGGUACCAAGAUCUGGGCAGAUACUCCACAGAUCAGUUUGUCGCGGGCAUUUUAGUGGGCACCACACCCCCAGCAAGACAGCGGACCAUCUCCUCAGACAGAGGGACCAAGCUGGCAGAGUCUCUGGGUCUUGAAUAUAUAGAAUGUGUUCCCAGCGAUGAGGUCAUGACCUCGGCCAUAGUUCAAAUGUUGAUAGAGAAUGUUAAAAAGGUCGGAUUACGCAGGAGAUCUUCGCCUGUGAUAAUUAAACCACAAAUGAAAGGGAACAAAAAAUCUUUUCGAGCAAGUCUGAGCCAGGGAUGUGUGUGCAGUUAG